UUAGAUCUCUUGUGGCUGAGAAUAACCUUAGCUAUGACCGGAAAGUUGUGUAUCGCCAGUUCGUUUAGUGUGAUUUACAUUUACUCAACUGAACUCUUCCCUACUGUUGUACGAAAUGUUGGAUUAGGUUCGUGUUCAAUGUCCGCUCGGAUUGGAUCAAUGGUAGCACCUUUUGUUAAGGAGUUGGGAAAAGCUACAAGUAAAGGAGUUCCAUUCGGAAUAUUCGGGGGACUCUCUGUAAUUUCUGGACUUUUAGUUCUUCUGUUACCAGAGACUAACAAGCUGCCGAUUCCUGACACACUUGCAGAAGGAGAAGAAUUUGGAAAGUCAGUAUUU